GCAAGGCAGGUUACUGCAGCUGAGGAGAGAGGAGUGAGGGCAGCUAGAAAUAUCAAUGUUUUUAUUACUUAGCUUGCGUUUUCCAGAAGUUAUAAAUACCCCCAGACAUAUACAAAGUUCAGGUGUGCUACUGGGGUCAUUUAUACAACCUGACAGUGCUUUAAGUUAAUUUGUAAUUAGUCUAAAGUUAGAUGACGUUUAUUUGCGGACUGUUGAUUUAACGAUGACGUAAUUGAAGUUACUGUGAAACAGGUUAUACUGUAUUUAUUUAUUUAUUAAUUAUUUGUUAUUUAUUUAUAUAUUUAUUUGUAAAAACACUACUUAAAGUUAAAGCGCGUUGUCAUUUGUUCUAGUUUUUUUUUUCUUUUUUUUUCUGGUUUUCAUUUCAUUGACUUACCCUAUUAAAGACUUCAUUUUUUAGCGAAGAAAAAUCAACAACUUAAAGGGCUGCUAACAGUAAGGGUAGUGUCGUGAAUAAAAUUCAGCAUUCCUGAUCCAGGCAGAACUGUCUGUUUCCAUCAGCAAUUCAAAGGUAAUCCAAAGUAGAAUCUCUGAAGAUGAUGCAGCCGAGGUCCAUCCUGUUCGUGUCGUUGCUCUGCUCCCUGGCUGGAACUCUCCUGGCUGAAGUCGGAUUCUUGACCCAUGAUUUUUCGACCAGCUUGAAAAACAUCCUUCCAACCAUGACCCGACCCGUGAACACCAGCCGCAGCUUUUAUGGCAUCAUGUUCGACGCAGGGAGCACAGGGACCCGAAUCCACAUCUACAAGUUCAUUCAAAAAGCUUCAGCUGAACUUCCCCUUUUGGACAAUGAGAUUUUCCAUUCUGUGAAACCAGGGCUGUCAGCCUAUGCAGACGCUCCAGAGAUGGGUGGAGAUACAGUGAGGCAGCUGCUGAAGAUUGCAAAACACUCGGUGCCUAAAAAGCAGUGGAAGAAGACCCCAGUGGUUUUAAAGGCUACAGCAGGACUCCGGCUACUUCCAGAUGAGAAGGCACAGGCUCUGCUUGAAGAGGUUCAGGAGGUCUUUGAAGAAUCACCAUUUCUUGUACCAAACAACAGCGUUAGUAUAAUGGAUGGAACAAACGAAGGAAUUUUAGCUUGGGUAACCGUAAACUUCUUAACAGGGCAUCUUUACCUUAAAAGCUACAGGACUGUUGGAACCUUGGACUUGGGUGGAGGUUCAACUCAGAUCACAUUUCUGCCAAAAACAAAGAAAACCCUUCUAUCAGCCCCCCAGGAUUACAUUGCAAAAUUUGAGAUGUUUAACACAACUUACCAGCUAUACACUCACAGCUACCUGGGUUGUGGAUUGUAUGCGGCUAGACUAGCAACUCUUGGGGCACUUGGAAAUCACGCACAAAAUAAAGUAUACACAAGCACGUGUUUUCCAAAGAGGUUUAAAGAUGAUUGGACUUUUGGUGGAAUAACAUACAAAGUUAGUGGGAAUCCAGAUGGAUACACGGGGUACAAACACUGCUACCAGGAGGUGGUGAAAGUGGUAAAGGGAACUGUCCAUCAGCCAAUGGAAGUGAAGGGCAGCUCUUCCUUUUAUGCCUUCUCAUACUACUUCGACCGAGCUGUAGAAUCAGGACUGAUUGACGGACAGAAAGGGGGUAUUGUAGAAGUCCGAGACUUUAAAAAGAAAGCCAAAGAAGUGUGCAAUAAAAUGACAAAGUACCGUCCAAUAAGUCCAUACCUGUGUAUGGAUAUGACUUACAUCACUGCCUUACUGAAGGAUGGAUUUGGAUUCAAGGAGAGCACAGUGUUACAGCUGACCAAAAAGGUGAAUAACGUUGAGACAAGCUGGGCCCUGGGAGCUGCUUUCCACCUGCUGCAGUCACUGAAGAUGCCCUGAAGGCAGAAUGCAAACACAGCGGGUUACAGAUAUGGACCAUUCCAGCUGGCCUGACCAACUCUGAAUAACGAAAAUAAAAGCCCAUGUCUAUUCAACACUGCCAUAAGUGUUUUUAGGUUGAUUGGUUCAUUUAACCAUUAGGGUUGGGGGAAAAAAGAUGCAUGGCAGUUUGAGCCAUUUCAUGUUUUACUAUGUGCUUAUUUAGACACGGCCUCUUGAUUUUAAAGAUGGUUAAAGUUCACUGUAAAAUCUGAAAUUAAAACUUCUAUGCAAAGGGCUUAUUCACUUCCUUAUUUCUUUUAAUAUGAAUUUGUUUUUUUAACAUCUGUAUAUAUUGUAUUUUUAACCCAUAAAUAUCAAGCAAA